AUGGACGCCGUUCGAAAGGAGAUUACGGAGCUCACCACUCGUGUUCAGGCUUUGCGAGGUAGCCCCGCUCAAGACCCGGCUGAUUCGCCACCAAAGCUCGAAGAAACACCGUUGUUCCCACCACCUGCUAGUGGGAUAGCUGGAGGAAGCAGGUGGCAAGAGAUCCUUUUAUAUCAUGAGAUGUCGAAUAUCCACCAAAAUUCCGCCAGCUCAUUCAGCUCCCCAGUUUCUGGAUCAAACGUCAGCUUCUUUUGGGGCUCAAGGAAACAAAGCUCCUCAUCCUCAGCGGAGGACGAGGAGGCCAAUAGCGAGUCAUUCAAGGUCGAAAUUGGAUUCCGGGCAACGAUGGUCACUGUCGAUCGUGGUGGAUGGUUCCAGCCGCAGUUCUUCAAGCAAUCCAGUGAGUUCUACCACAUUGACAAGAAGAUUUUCAACUCGAAGUGGCCCGACGGUGUUGAGCGCAUGGACGGCCUUAGGAACGCAAAACCUGCGGAAUGGGAGGAGUUGAAUAAGGGCUUGUUCCCUGCGUACCCUGUCGGAUUUAUCAUUUGCAAGGACAUCACCAUCAUGGUAGCCAUGAGCGAGGAACAAGUCAAGAAGCACGCUGGAGAAUUCGCCAACUCUGCCGAAUCAUCUAGCGGGAUCUUCUGCUGGUCUACCAGCCGCUCCUCCCACUCCAAACGUUCCGAGAAGGACAUCUCCACCUCGGCAGCGAGCGAUGGAUUAGUCAUCCGUAUCCCUGGCCCACAGAUCUUGGGAUAUAUGAUGCAAUACCCCGACAACGACAUUUCUCAAGACCUUCGCCGCGAUCUUCCUGACGACUUCCUUAUCCCUGACGAGGAUUAUGAGGGCAAUAUGAGGGCAAGGGCAAGACACCUGCUCGUGCAGUUCAAGUUGUUGGCGGUGAGGCCGAUGGCCCAUCUGCGGACGUUGGCGAAGUGA